AUGAUGGGGUAUUACUCUGACAGAGACAGGGUUGCUCAAUGGCUGCAGAACGCGGAGAAGCAGCAGUCGCGGCAAGCUCCGAGGCGCUUCGCGACUGCCAGAAGGGCUACAUCAUUUCUAGCCACCAGCACACAACAAACCAUGUCAUCGGCGCAGCAGAAUCCACUCAAGAGACGACGAGCUGCAUCAACAGUCAGACGCACACAUCAUCUCACCCACAUCCAACCACUGCCGGCAGCGACCGAGCCCGCCGCGCAAGAUGAGGCUUUUGUCCAGGCCCAGCUGCUGCGCUCCAUCUGCACCGCCUUGACCGUCGUCGGCUAUGACACGGUCAAGCCCUCGGCUCUGGAAAUGUUUCGCGCCGAAGUCGAAGAAUNNGUGAGGAGCUACAUGAUGAACUUCCUCACAACCGUCAAGGAUUCCAUGAUAGCUUCACGACGAACGACAGCCAUCCCGCAAGAUUUUAUCUUCGCCCUCGCAGAAGCCGGUCUGGAAUCACACCACCUCGAUCCGCACCUGAACUUGCGCCUCCCGGACGACAUUGCCAAUCCUGCCAUUCCACCUCCACGACCAAAUGAAGCUCCUCCACCUGACCUGGCACCCAUGCUCGGACAAGAGCUGGCCACACCUGCGACACAACAGUACGGAUACAUACCUUCACACUUUCCUCCGCUACCGAGUCGUCACGCCUGGCAGAGUACUGCCCUCUUUACACAGAGAGAGCAAGACCCUCGACGCAUUCGCGAGCGCGCCACAGAUGAAGGCGUCCAAGCUGAACAUGCCUUGCGUAAGCUCACCACUGCCAACAAAGCCCGCCUCCGCCAGCCAACUGUCGACAAGGCUAAGGACAAGCUAUGGAAAGACACCAUCUCAGACCUGCUGGAUGACGAUGACGAUCCUCUCCCAACGGGGCAGGACGCAGACGGAGAUAUCAGGUUGAAUGGAUGCCUAAAAGAUCAUAACAGUGACAAGACGUCCAGCAUGGCUGACCUGAUACGUGGGGGUGGCGCAUUGAUGGUCAACCAUGACCGCAAUCAUUGGCGUAGAGGGAGGGGUUCUGUGCAUAUCUGA